AUGGGUAUGUAUGAGUAUGACGAGGCCACUGGUCUUCGAGAGGGUGGGCUGAUGAUUUUGGACUCCACCAAUGGUUCGGUUUUAUCGGAGAUCACUGGCACAGACUGCACGGGGAUACUCGAUGUGCGGUGGAUUGGUUCGAAGUCUUUAGCGGCGUGUACGGCCGAAGGCGGGAUCCAAUUUUUUACCGUAUCGGAGGAUGGUAAGAUGGUCGAGUGCAGUUCGACGAUUCCCAUGUUUACUGGCGAGGGCGCUAAGGGGGUGGCCAUUGGCUUGGACGUCACUCAAGGCGGUCGUAGAGUAGCAUCAAUAGCGACAGGAGGUCAGGUAGCACUAGUAGACGGCUCGAAAGGGGAAGUAGUGCAGUGCUGGCAAGCACAUGAUGCCAAGAUGGAGUCAUGGACAUGUUGUCUGUCACCUGAUGGGACGCUGCUGGCCACUGGCGGUGAUGAUCGUCGUAUGAAACUGUGGGAUGUGAGAACACCAGCUACUGACGGGCCGGUGCUAUCGGAUCGGAGGGAGCAUGAGGCUGGAAUCACAGCAUAUUUGUUCGUACAGCACGGGCGAAGGAUACUCACUGGCAGCUACGAUGAAAACGUUCGUGUAUGGGACUUGAGAUUUGGUGUAGCAGACUCGGCGUGUGAUGCUAGUGGUAUGCAGUGUGUAGUGAGGCAAGCUGCGAUCGGGGGCGUUUGGAGACUCAAGCCGUCCCUCACUGGAAAAGAUUUGCUCAUCGCUGGCUGCUAUGGAGGAUGUGAAGUGUGGCCUCUGGAAGAGCUCUUGGAUGGUCGGGAGGCUGAACGAAUAGGAGAGUAA